AUGGACGAACGACCUCCGACUUCUAGAGUCCGCACAACCAGCUCGCGGCCCAAAACGGCCAGUCAAGGUAGGACGACUGCGGUUGUAAUGGUUACAUAACCGGGAAUGUUGGUAACGCAACUCCUUAUGCUCUUCCAGGUCGUGCCCCCACCUCUAUUGGACGACCUCCAUCCUCCGUUUCCCGACCCCCCUCGGCUGUAGCCAGGCCUCCGUCGUCCUCGGGAAGGCCAAUAUCUUCAUUGGGCCGGCCGUCCAGUCGUCGUUCCAUAGUUCCUGAUGGCACGCAAUCUGGUGGGUCUCUUACGCUAUCAUAGUCGUUAAGUCUAAUGCAGAUGUAAAGAGUAAUAAAAGGUGUUUUCAGAAGUGAAUACGGCCAUGGUUUGUUUGUUUUUCUUGCGAAAAAAUAAGAUUUAUAAUAGGUGAUUCGAUCGGCUAGUCGCAUUGGCUCGGCCUUCCCCGGAUCUCGGGCUGGGGUUACUGGAAUGGAAGGGAGGAUAUCCACUGGUCAGAUCCCGGAAGGAGCUCUGAGACCAACCACGCAACAAGGAUUUGUGGCACAACGUCCAGCCAGCCGCCUCAGAAGUAAGUUAAAGAUAAUUAUAUUAAUUUUACUCCUAUUUACAUCUCUUCACAAACAAGGAAGAUUUAUGAUAAGAGAAACGUGUUUGUUAGAGAUUUUGCAGUCACAUUUUGACCCUAUCUCGUUAUUACAAUACUAUCUACGUUCUCCCCGAUUUUAGCCGGCGUUAGUGGAAGACAGAUUGCUGACAAAACGUACUUCAUUGGACUGUUGAACACUCAGCUAACCUCCUUGCAAGACGAAAUUAACUCCCUUGAAAAUGAAUUACAAAAAGCCGAACGAGAACAGCGCAAUCUCCUGAUUUACGAGCAAAAGUGAGCAUGAUCAUCAGCUGGAGAGGGCUGUUUUUGGAUGGAAAAAAACAAAAACAUCGAUUAUCAUACAGUACUUUUAUACAUUCGUAUUUACAGGGCAGAGGAACAAGCGAACGAACUAAAACGAUUACAAGGAGAAUUUGCUGACUAUAAUCUUAUAAUUGAUCGGCAGAACACAAAUAUUGAUGUCUCCGAAUUGGAAAUCGAUAUUCAAAAUCAGGAAAGAAAUAACGAAGAGUUAAUCAAAGUAGUGGAAGAUCUUUAUCAUGAAAGACAACAGAAGGAAGAAGCUUGUCAAGAAUUGGAAGAGGAGAUCGAGGCCAUCAAAAAGAGUAACAUGGACUUUAUGGAUGAGAUUGGGACUGCCAAAAAGGAAGAAUUUGAAAACCUGAAAGAAGAGAUGGAAGAAUACAGAAGGAAAUUGGAGGAAUCCCAGAAUGAAGUACAAGAACUGGUCAAGAAAAAGGAUAAAUUGGACUUGGCCUUGGCCAAGUCUCCUCUAAAACAACACUCCAGUAAGUGUAAUGUAUAUUUCGAAACACACCAGAUGGGGUGUUCUUUGUGUUUCGCAGAGAUUAUUGAUCAGUUCUUUGAUCCGUACUUUGAAUCGUAAAUACGUAGGACUUCUUUUUUUAUUUUCUUGUCCAUAUGUUGAUAUUAGUCACGUUUUUGUGAGAUCCACAAAUUUCAGUGAAUCUGCAAGAACAAAUCGACGGAUUAAAAGAAAAGAAAAAUCAAUUAAUGAAUGAAAUGCAGUCAGGCCAGAGUCCGGAAGAUCAGAAGAACGAACUCAUGGAACAGAUCAAAAAGAACAACGAAGAGAUCAACAACAUGAGAGAACAGUGGGUGGUUCUUUCCUUUUAAAGCGUUCUUUGCUCUCAUGAUUAGCUUUUUUUUGCAACGACUUCAAAGUAAAAAAUAACCUGGGCUACAAUACUUAGAAGCGGAAGAAAAAAAUUGACAACACAGAGACGCAAUGUAAUCACGCGUGUUCCGUUGAUUAUUUUUCGGACUUUCGGUACUUAUCAAUCACAGCCAUUACUGUAAUCGUACCAUAAUUUUGCAGGAUCGAAGAAUUGGAAGCCCAAAUCCAACUGUCUCAAGAAGAGCUCCGAGAAUUUGAAAAUGAAUACGAAAUAAUCGCUGGAGAAAAGAACGAGCGUUAUAGAGAGUUGAAAUUAAAAGAGCGUCAGCUAGAUGAAUUCCUGAGUUCUUUCGAUUCCCAUAAAGUGGAAUUGGUGGCAGCUUUGAGCAAGAAUCAGAGCAGAGUGGUCUCCCUCCUCAAAUUGAUCUCUAUCAACUGUCAGCGCGAUGAAUUGGCCGCUACCGUAACCGGGCUCGAUGAGUCUGCAAUAAUGGCAACGAUGGGUUCAUCGGUAAAUCCAGGGGAAUUACAAGAUUGUGAGUCAAAGUAAGCAAAUAUUAUUUAUUUUUUAGUGCAUCUACGGUUACAAGAAGAAUUAAACAGAUUGGACGAGAAGGAAAAACAUUAUUUUACGGAAUUGGACAGCUUAAAAAAACAGAAGGAACUCAACGAACUUACUGAAAAUGAAUGGAAAAACUUUGAAAACUUAAAAACCCAAUUGAAGAAAGAUGUACAUGUAAGUAGUUUAGUUAAUUUAUAAUUAAGGCAACGGUUCAUAAUGGGCAGAAACCAGCAUGGGCAGAUUCCAUAAUGGGCAGAUUUCGAGAGCAUGUUCUAAUGUCAUAGAUAGCCUUACAUCUUUGUAAAAAAGUGUAAAUCGAAAAAAAGCAUUAAUCGUAAGUGUAAAUUUUUCAAAAAAGUUCAACUUUGCAAAGUCUUAAUUUUGAUGCAACACAUUUAGAAAUGACGUUACGCAAAUGUGUUGUAAGUGUAAAAACGUAACUGCAUGUGUAAUUUUUUAGUGUAAUGUUGAAAAAAUAGUUUUGAAGGGUGAACUUCCAACAAUCUUAGAUCAGAAUUUACUCGUUUUUAAAAUUACAGUUUAAAAAAAGUAAUCUUACACUUAAAUUUUUACACUUACUACAAAUUUGCCAUUAUAGCAUCGUUUCUAAAUUUGUUGCAUCAAAAAUUAUGACUUCUUUCAAAUUGCACUUUUUUGAAAAAUUUACACUUAUUUAUUUGUUUUCGUUUUACACUUUUUUACAAAGAUGUAAGGGUGUCUAUGACAUUCGAACGGGCUCUCGAAAUCUGCCCAUUAUGGACGGACACGAUAAUUAAUUGUUAUAGGAAUUAGAAUCGGAAUGUAAUGUCAUCAAAAAUAAGAAAAAUCAACUGGAUGGAGAGCUGAAUGAAUUGCAACAAGAGUUUAAUGGACUAGAUGCUUCGGCUAAAGCGAGUGCUCUCUAUUCAAAGGUUUGUAAAUUUUUGUCUUCUAUAAUUAUCUAAUUGAUUUUAGUUCAUUGAUCUAAAACACGGACUGGCCGUCACAGAAGAUGAAAGGAGUAGAUUGGAGGUCGAGUUAAAGGCUAAACAGGCCGAGUAUGACUACCAAACACUCAAAGUUGAGGUAAACCCGUCAAUUCUUACUUUUCAUUAUUUUUUUAUGUUAUUUGAAUGCUUAAAGCAGCAGAUUACCGUAUCUCUUUGGAUUUUUUGGACUUGAUUUCCCACACUGUGACCUCGUAUUUUAUUCUAAUUACAGGCAUUGGCUCUGAAGACCGAGCUGAAUCAAGCUCUAAUCGAAUCCUCAUCAAGUCGCCGUUAA